CAUAACAAGGCGAUAGACAUGCUUUGACGGCUAACCACUUGUUGGGGUAACGUGGGCCUUCCCUUGGCACGCGCUCUGAGAUCUCUGGACUUGUACCGAUGGCUCCUUGUCAAAAACUUUUCCAAAAUUUGAUCCGGAUAUUCGAUUGAUUAACACAGUUUUUCAAAACACCUAUCGAAUUCUCUAUACAUUUAAGUUGUGGUAAAUUAAGUUGUCAUUUUCCAAAAUUGAUUUUUUUUAACGGGAUAUAUAACUUUUUUUGUGUGAAAAAUUCUAAAUAAAUUAAUAUUUCACACAAAAGCGUAUUACGUAACCGUGCGAAAUUUUGUAAAUAUAUUUUUAUUUGUACCACAGUGUUAAUAUUUGUUAGAGAUUUUGAUUAAUUGGUGACGCAAUCAAUAUCAGGUGUGUAGCCUGAACAGGUGUACCAGUGGCUUUGAAUUUUUGUAAUUAUAUUGAUCACAGGAUAUUAUUACGGUCGGCAUUUUGAACUAACAAACAACAGUGUGUGCUUUACUACAAUCGUAUUAUAUUUGAGCCCUAACCAGUGAGCUCGUGUGGGAUUCUACAUUUGAGUGCUACAAAGAAAAAAAUACUCGCCUCUAAAUCUACAGCAACUCCGCAUUCUUAGAAUUCCUACUGGCAGUCAAUACCGCGCGCGCGCCUAACCACGUGUUUACUAAUGUGUUAACCAUUAGAGUUGUAAAGGAGUUUCAUACCUGUGUUAGUUAUUGUGGGGAAUUACUUCACUAGCACAAUAGAACAUGAAAAGAUGUAGUCGAGCUUUGCUGCCAUCAUGGUUGACGUGACGUCAUGAUCUCGCCUGUUUUGUUGCUAUGGGCGCUACUCUCGGUUCUCGUCUCCGCUCUCAGCACUUAUUCUUUCGUCCAACCUGCCUGGUUCGUCACUUCCGGCCAGUCCAACAGCUUUGGCAUGAUAAGCUUGUGUAUGACCCGGAUUGAAGUCUCGCAAACACCUGACUACGAGAUUUGUGAGUUCUAUGGCGGAUACUUUAACCUCGGGAACUUGCCGUCAGGGGCGUGGCAGGCGGCAUGCGUGUUGUAUGGAGCGGGAUGUAUCCUGUUGUGCUGUGGCGCGUUCCUCGCUGUGACGACUUCCUGUAUUCCAAGUGACGUGGUCAAGACAGUCACCGUUAUGGCCGGCUACGUGCAGUUCAUAGGAGUUUUGGUGAUGAUGUCUGGCCUACUAAUCUACCCACUGGGACUGGGGUCAAAGUUCAUGAAGUUUCAUUGCGGAGCAAGUACCCGGAUGUAUUACGCUGGCGAUUGUCACAUCGGCUGGAGCUUCAUGUUGGCGAUCGUGGGAACGAGUUUGGCCAUCUUCUGUCCAGUCCUCUCUCAUUUUCACGGACAUGAAAGCACGUGACCUUAUAUGAAAAUAUUCAUGUAUUUACGGAAUUGUUUUUAGAAUCGUCAAAAUAUUAAUACAAGCCUGUAUGUGACGUUAAAUGCAACUGACGGAAGUGACGUCAUUCGAUAGCGUGAACACCAGAAGGAUGUACUUUAGAUGAAACUGGGCUCAAAAUGAUGUUGACCGCCAACGCUAGGAAAGAGAACAUUCCUGCGAGAAUCUUGCAUUAUCAAGAUGGCUGCCGCGACUAAAAUCUCGAUCAAGAUGAUAUAUCUUGACAUGUUGUGUGCAAUGGCUGAACCGAACGUUCCAUUUGCAUGUGUAUGAACUCCGUCACGUGUGAAUUAUUCACGUGACAUGGUGUACAGUAGGAGCGAGAGAUUGGUGAUUUUGAUAAUAAGAGAUGUGUGUACAUGUAUGUAGAGAUAUGUACUUCGAUAUGCAAAGUUGUAUUUGGCAAUAAUGUGCAUUCCGUUCGUGUAAUGAAUUGUGUAUAUAUAUAUAAACAUUCCAUGCAAAUCACACGUAUAGUGGUACAGCCAUUAUUCUUCAUUCAUCAUAAGGGGCCCACGACGGGGCAGCUCUCUCAGACUAGACCCCACUUGGCCAUGUUUCAUUAUAGCAGGGAUCUACAUUUAGGAUGAAGUUAGGAACCCAGGCGGAGAAAAAGCCACAUUGCCUUCAAGAGGCAAGCCUUCAACAGAAUAAACGAACCCGUAAUAAAAAUGAUUACAGGUAGCGGAAACCCAUCUUCGAUCAAUUCAGUGUCAUCUAGACGUUUAAGAACACUUCAGUCCUAAAUUUAUUGUCAUCUUGACGUUUAAGAACACUUAAAUCCUAAAUUUAUUGUCAUCUUGACGUUUAAGAACACUUAAAUCCUAAAUUCAGUGUCAUCUUGACGUUUAAGAACACUUCAAUCCUAAAUUCAUUGUCAUCUUGACGUUUAAGAACACUUCAAUCCUAAAUUCAUUGUCAUCUUGACGUUUAAGAACACUUAAAUCCUAAAUUCAGUGUCAUCUUGACGUUUAAGAAGACUUCAAUCCUAAAUUCAUUGUCAUCUUGACGUUUAAGAAGACUUCAAUCCUAAAUUCAUUGUCAUCUUGACGUUAAAGAAGACUUCAAUCCUAAAUUCAUUGUCAUCUUGACGUUGAAGAACACUUCAAUCCUAAAUUCAUUGUCAUCUUGACGCUUUAGAAGUCUUAAAUAUUAAAUUCAGUGCUAUUUUGACGCUUUACAACUAAAAUACAAAUACCUAAUGUAAAUUAUUCAUGUUAUUUAAUUCUACAUCAUACAUCUACAUGUAGUCAUACAUAGCCUAUCAUACGUCACGUGUUCACGUGUACAUUUGCAUUAUUAUACAGCAUUAUGAAUAUGCAAUGCCAUUGAUUUCAUUAUAUGAAUAUCCAUCCAUCUAUUUCAUUGUAAAAUGUGUGCAUUACGUCAUCAGUUUGUGUGUAUUGGAACGAGCUACAUUGUACGAUAAACAUAUUGGCGGGAGUAGUUUAAUGUGAAGCGCUACCUAGCGGAGAUAAUGGGUACUUAAUGGUAAAUGUAAAGAAAAUAAUCCCAGAUAAAAAUGUACCGUUCACUUGUAAAGUACAUGUCUUCAAAGAAAAUGACGGGUCAGCAUUUCUGUACUAUCCUCAUAUUUAUCUUUUAAAAAGUUCCCAAUGGCCGAACUUGAGUUAAUAUCUCCCAGGGUGCAUUGCGAUCCCCUAUUUGUGCAAAGCACUAAAUGUGAAAAAGAAUUGUACAAGAUCUUGAUCACAAACCAAGCAUCCACUCAAGUUGGUUGUUAACGCUAUUACUGGGAUACCAUCGUAUGAAAGCCUAUUUGUAACAAUUCAUAAAUGUUUACCUGUAAAUGUCGUUAGACACACCUAACGUCUGCUGUUGGCGUUUAUUAUGGACUUGUUUAUGGACAACACCUCUUCAAAGUGACUACAACACACAACACAUGCUGAGCUCAUCAUAAAACGGAUUUUAAUUACUUUCACAUGUGUUUUUAGCGAGAGUAAAUUCGGCAAUUAUGGAGGGUUCGUUUAAAACGUCCAUAUCGUCUAAUUUCGUCAACUACGAAAGUGAUGUAUUGUCGAAAUAAUUUGGGGGAGAGCUUUCUUAACUGACAAGAGAUGUUUUUGACGGCCAUUUGUCCAUAGAUGUGGAACCAAUAGAAUCGAGCGCUCAAUGAAAGCCGUUUUCACCGAAUCAAAUCCUGUAAUUCCUCUGUACUUUCGCGGCCUAAAUUGAAUUUGGUUUUCUGUCUUUUUUUCAAAACGUGACAAAGAAAACCCAUUACUGUGAGGGAGAGGGUUUAAGAGCACGGACACGCUGGUGUGAUGGUGUAACAAUGACAGCACAGAGCCGUAUUGUGUAACGUCAUAUUCAGAUCAACGGUUAUCGAGCGCUGUCUUGAUGUGUCACGUGGUUUAAUCUCCAUUUUUGAUUGGUCAUACAUCUGUAGUUAAAUCAACUUAAAUUAUAAGUAUCAGACGCCACUUGGUAGUGAUAAAAAUAAGAAUACAAUUUCAUGUGAGAUUGUAUAACAUUCGUUCGACAAAGUUCUAAUGCUUCGCGAAAGCUUGCAAAAAUGAUUUCUUCCAAGAUUCGUUUCAUAAAAUAUUAAAGGGACUAAAUGGUUCGAAUUAUCGCUGAACAACACUGAACGUUUUAUCUGUCGCCAUUUCCUGUUUAUAUCGGAGAGAGUCGUUUCUUCGUGUUCUCGGUUAAAACUGAUUCAGGACCCUUAAUUCUGCUUAGAUCGGGAGUUCGAUAUCUUAGUUAUGAUGUUUACAAUUUCCCGCAUCGCGCAAGCGCAAAGGUAUUUGUUUACACUUAUCGAAAAAUAACGAUAUGAAAUAAUGACUAGGACGUUCCUACAUGUAUUUAUUUUAUUUUUUUUUUCAAUAUUUUUAAACAAAUUGUUAUGGACACUUAAAAUUUAUAAUUAACAUAAAAUGCAUAACUUUUUACAUAAUCUUAAUUCUUAUACCCUUUUUAUUGUGUAAUUUACAUGAAGAUCUAGCCUUUUAGUCCCUUUAAAGGAAAUGAAAACUCAUUCACUGCAUACAAGGAGCAACCACCUUGAAAGCUGGCCUGAAACGUUAAUAGUUGGUCGUAAUGAUGGAAGGGAGGUAACUCCUAUCAAUUGCUGAGGCUGAUCCGUUCCAUCAAACUCGUUAGCACAAUCGCAAAACCAUUUUUAGAUUUAUAAUAGUCUAUUUGAGAGUUUAGCAAAAUUAUAUAUAUAUAUCGAAUUGGUGCAAGUUUGUAAGUUAUACAGCGGAACCUCGUUAGCCCGUAUUCCCAAAUGUCUUUGUAACGAUUAUAAUUCCAAUCUUGAUCAAUCAUUUUCGGGUUUAAUUUAAAAUCUUUGGUCAAUUUUGCGGCGGCGGCGGCGGCGGCGGCGGCGUAUUUUGAACCGAGAUUUGAGAAAUAACCAAACGGUUUGUAAUUAAUUAUGAACCCCUCCAUAAAUGUUUGAUGUGAUAUAUUAGUUAAUGGAUAGUUAAAGAAACAUCAAAAAAAUAUAUUUCAAUAUAAAGUUAUUUGAAUUAGAUAAAAUGACAUAGUUUUUAAUUGGUAUAUAAUCAGAAGCUAUAGAAUUCAGAGAGCUUAUCUAAAAUAUUAUUAGUGUUAACUUAUGUCGAUCAAAAUAGUGAUGCAUUGAUAAUUUUCAUGAUAAAAACGGCCAUUCAUAUCCAUGUAAAACCAUAUAGACUAAUUUGAAAUUUUUCACAAUGUUUUUGCAAAAAAAAAAAAAAUCUGGUACGACACAGAUAAACACUAAUACAAUGAUAUUAUUGUAAUUGUUUCACAUAAAAACAUUUUAGAAAAGCUCUCUGAAUUCUUUAGUUUUAUAUAAAACACACAAAAAGGCGUGUAAGGUAACCAGACAUAGAUAAGCGCGUGGCUAACCCGUGUAUUUGUCUUGUUUUUUUUCUGUAUCUCUUUAAGAGGAAUGAAUGAAUGAAUGUAUGAAUGAAUGAAUAAAAGGUGUGUCUUGACAGACGACCCGGUUACCUGUGCACGUGCGUUGCCAUUCAGAAUAAACGUUCGUCGGGUAGUCAACUUUUCUCCAAUUUUCAUACAAAAGCUUUUUGCCAAUCACUGAUCAACACCAGUCAUUUAUUGCUACAAACAAGUUGGCAUAGACAUGAUGAUUAUAUACUCUUUUAGAAUUCCGUUAUCAUAUUUGAUGAUAUUAAAUAAUUUGCUGACGUCAUAUGGAGAGUAAAAGUGUCAUGAUCCACCUUAAUAUUAACACAUAAUAAAUAUACAUGAAUAUUUAUUAUAUAAGUUAUAAAAAAUACAAUUACUUACCUUCGUCUUGAAGUGCUCGUCUUGUUAAUUAAUUUUAAGUAAAGACUUCAAAUAAAAAAAAUGGCAAGUAACGCCGUUUGGUUCAUGAGAGCGGAAUAACAUGA